AUGUACCUGGCCGUGCUGCUCGCCUGGGGCGUGGCGUUUGCAGUGUCCACAAUACCCUUUGCUGUGGCUGGGGCCAGCACGCUGGCUGUGUUCAUCAGCACCUUCUACGCCUCUUACAACGCCACGCCAUACAACAAUUAUGAGUGGGGAAUCAACAAUUGGAUGGUGACCCUGUGGAACUGCACCUGGGUGGGCCCUGCGGAGUACAGGUAUGACGUUUUCGCCACGAUCGUGGCCCUCACGCUGAUCUUCAUGCUCGGCUGCUGCUCUGUCUACAUCUUUCCGGAGUUUGCCAUUGACAAUGUGAGGCGCGACAACCGGCAACAGGCCCUGCCCUGCCCUGCCCUGCCCUACCCUGCCCUGCCCUGCCCUGCCCUGCCCGAGCCUCUGAAACCCAAGGAGCAACGCACCUGCAGCACCGUCCUGGCUGUCCACAAGCUGACCACGCUGCUGACGCGCACCGCCGAGGCGGCGCCAAAGCUGGCAGCGACGCUUGCAGCCAGCCCGGCGUGGCGCGAACUGGAGGACGCGCUGCUGGCGGCGCUGGAGGACGUCUGGAUGUACUUUCCCUUCGCUUACAAGCCCCCGCAGCACAGGAUCCCCACCGCCAACCUGAAGCACUUCCUCUCCCUCGUCCACGCCCUGCCCGCCGCCUUUCAGCUGCUGCCAGCAGGCACCGUCGGCAGCGCAAGCAGCGACCCGCGCCCCCCGCCGGCGCCCUCGGCGAGCACACCCGCCGCGCCGAGCGCAGCGCAGCACAUGCAGGCGCCGCCCCUGUCGGCGCUGGCGGACGCCCCGCCGGCGCCGGCGCUGGAGGCGGGCCUUCUGCUCCCGCAUGGCGUCGAGUGGUCGGAGGCGGCGGCGUCCAUGCGCUGGCUGCUGCUGACGGCGCAGCUGGCAGAGUUUGGCCGCGAGCUGAAGCGGCUGCACAAGAGCGCGCGCAAGUCGUCCAAGGCGAUACGGCAGAGGUCCCUGGCAGCCUGGCUGCGCGGGGAGGCAGCCAAGCGCACUGAGCCCGCCGGGGGCCGCGCGGCCGAGAGCAGAGCAAAGGGUGCCAUCUACGGCACAGACAGCCGUCCGUUGACGCCCAUCAACCACGGCAAGAAAAUGGUGGCGGGCUCCAACUGCGGCGGUGGCCUCCCUUUCGCCACAUUCGCGCCCGGCGCUAUCGAAGGCAACGACAAGUGGCCCACGGACUUCCACAUGAUGGAGAAGACCGGCAGUGUUGUGGGCAAGGUGGGCACCCAGGAAAUCUCGCGGGACACCUACAGGCACCAGAUGGAGAUGAACCACGCCAUCGACGCGGAGAGCCGCGCGCGCAACUCGGGCGGUCCGGCCCCUUUUGCCGCGGAUUACUCCUGCCCCGCGGGCGCCGACGGUGGUGGUCGGCACCCCGCGGAGGACUGUGGCCUGCCCGCCAACAGGGGCGGCCGCGAGCCCACCGGCAAGGUGGGGGCACCGAUGGGCGGCUUCGAUGCCGAGGUUUACGCGACUCAGCGCGCGGUCAACCAUGGCAUCCAUGAGAAGGCCCUCGUCAACAAGUUUGGGGCGGCUGGCAUAGAUGCGUCCCACAGCGCGCCCUUUGCCACGUCGGACUCGUUCGACGAGCUGAGGCGCCGCGAGUACUACACCGCCAAGCCCAGGCGCCAGGACGAGGCGGCGUGCGCCAAGCCCUACAGCCAGCAGGGCUUUGACGCGGCGCCCUACAGCGCCCAGCUGCGCCACAAUCACGACCACCAGGUCCAGAGCACCAUAAGGAGCUUCGUCGGCAGCGGCAACAUCCUGGCGCCAGGGUCAUAA